UGUUUAUCUUCGUCAGUCGUAUUCGGAUAGACAGCCUAAUACAGUAGGAAUGUCAGGUUUCAAACAAUUGAUUUUGUUGCUUCUUUUUCGGAUAUGUGUUGCUACAGUACCCUACAAUAAAUUUAUGACAUGGAACAGAUCAAAAAACGCAUGUACGUUAGCAACACCGGAGCUUGUUUAUGAUGGUAAAAUAUUUACUGUAAAGGAGGAUCAGAACAUGACAAAUGAUAUGGAUGGAAGGUGGCUUGGGUACUACAGGAAUAUGCGGGGGUUUGAGUAUUUUGGAUGUUUUAAAAAUCCAGAAAUCUUUGGAAUUCCAUCGACACAAAUUGUACAGAAUUCACCAGGAAAUUGUUUUUCUUUAUGUUCACGAAGAGGAACAGUUGUUGGACUAAUGGGUCAUGAGUGUUAUUGUUUUAAUACGACCACUGCGGAGCAGAAUGUAGUUAGCAAUGCGUCAUGUGCUAAACCAUGUGAGGCCCCCUCUGAAGGUUUAGCUUGUGGGGGACAAUCAUUUAUUUCCUUAUAUGUGGUUAAUAGGAAAGUUCUAAAAGUCAGUAACGUGAUUAAUUCAAAAGAAAAUAAAAGUAACUGCGUCAGAUUGGGAAGCAACAACCUUUGGUGGGAUAAGUGCAACGGUUGGUUACACAGUAUAUGCAACAAUGGAACGGCUGUUUACAAUGUCUUUGCUCCAGCGACAGUUCCGGAAAAUUUACCUUGGUAUUGGGCAAAUAACUUAUGUUUUGGCAGUGAUGUUCGACCACUUUUAUAUGAAAAUGCUGUGAACUUUAAUGGAACAACUUUAGAGUCUUGGACAGGAAUGUGUCGCAGUCUGUCAAUCUUCACAUUUUCAGAACCUAUUAUUGGAAACGAUUAUUUAGAAUAUGGAUAUUUGAAAAGAUCGGAUACUCCUGACAGGUACGAAAUUCAGUUUACCAGCAACUUUCAUGAACGAAAGAAAUCGCUGUGCAAAGGCGAUAUACAAACAGCAAAAGAACAACAACAAACCAAUGAUGGUGAUGAUUCAGGUGCAGCAGCUAUUGCAGCUGGUGUUUCAGUCGCUAGUGUCGUUGUGAUUGCUGCUAUUGUUGUUUUCAUAAUACUCAGAAGAAGAAAAAAGAUGGCUCCGGUUCUAUGCUGCAAGACAACAACCCGAAAUCAGAACUUAGAAAACGAACUUCGUAAGCAAGAGCAUGUUGAUAAAGAAAGAAGGGAGUCAAAUGAGUACGCGUUGCCUCACCACGGAAUUGCUGAUCCAAAUAUUGAAGCAUCGUCAAUGGAAAACAGUUAUCCGCAUACAUAUUUUGUACUUGAAAAAACCGGAAAGGAAACUAAUAAUGUGAAAGGUAUAUAUAACAUAGCAGGUCCCAUAAAUUGCACAGACAUUGAAAAUCAGCAAAACAAUUACGAUCGGCGGCGUAAACUAGGCGAACACGCCACCUACGACCGAGUACAAAACGCACAAGUUGGUAUGAAAAACAACGAAUACGACACAACGGAAACGGUUGCUGCAAAACUUAGUAUGCAUACUUCUCCGAAAGGCGAUACUCAUGACUGUCAAGAAGCGGAGGGAGAUACAUACAAUCACAUAACCGGUGAUUUAUCGAAACACAUCAAAACUGAUAAUGUAUACGGGACCCAAUAUCAAGCUGAUGAAUGUUCUGGAGAAGGUUAUUCCAGCGAACAGAGGACGACUGCAGUAGAAGAAGACAAUUACAGUCAUAUACAUAAUGCUUAACUGGGAAAGCCUAAAACUGACAAUGUUUAUGGAAUUCAUUAACAUUUCAUGCUUAAUUUCAAAUAAUUUAGAAUGGUUAUGUAGAGAUGUUUGUUUGCUUUGAGACCAAAAUAAAUAAAACGUAUCAGUUAUAAGCAGAUAAUACAUUCUCAUCAAUGCUGCUUUAGGCGUAAAAUUAUAUACUGAUUUUUUUUUCAGUGCCAAACAGUAAGAAAAUACGUAUAUGAUAAAUUUCAGUUUGAAAUAAAAUCGUUGGGUCCAUUCAAGAUAUGAUAUACUGAGCUUGAUGAAAUGGUGAAAAAAUGUUUAUUUUGACUUUAAUUUAAACAUAUUCACUGUCUUUACGGGAUUAUUAUUUUGUUUUCAGUUGCUCAUCAUGCUUAUAAA